AGGAAGCCGCCUGCCGGAGGGCUGGGCCAGGGAGGCUGGAGCUGGGGCGCGGGUCGCGGCGCUGCCUCCUCUCCCGGCCCAUCUAUUUUUAAUGAGCGGCCCGGGCUUCUGCAGCGGACAGAAUGCAGAGAGGCAGGCCCAGGCGGUGGAGGCCAGAGGCCCCAGCUCUAUCCUGAGCCCCGGCCCCCCUACCCUUCUGGGCAUGAGAGGGCGGCCCUGGGGCCCCACCGCCCCCCAGCCGGGCAGGGCCCCCCAUGCAGCUGGUACUGAAGAUGGAUUCAAGCCCAGACAAUGACAGCUGGUUGGAGGACCAGUGGGAGCGCUGGCUCACCCAUGACAUCAGCCUAGAGGAGUUUGAGGAUGAAGACCUCUCAGAGAUCACAGAUGAGUGUGGCAUCAGCCUGCACUGCAAGGAUGCCCUGUCUCUGCGGCCCCCGCGCGCAGGGCUGCUGCUGUCUGGGGGAGGCGGCGGCGCGGGCAGCCGGCUGCAGGCCGAGAUGCUGCAGAUGGACCUGAUCGACGCGGCGGGGGACACUCCCGGCGCCGAGGACGACGAGGAGGACGAGGAGGAGCGCGCGGCGCGGCGGCCGGGGGCCGGGCCACCCGAGGCCGAGCCCCGCCAGGAGCCGGCGCCCCGCGGCCAGAGCCAGGGCCAAGGCCAGGGCGGCGGGGACACGUACCGGCCCAAGAGACCCACCACGCUCAACCUCUUCCCGCAGGUGCCGCGGUCUCAGCAGGACACACUGAAUAAUAAUUCUCUGGGCAAGAAGCACAGUUGGCAGGACCGGGUGUCUCGCUCAUCCUCACCCCUGAAGACUGGGGAGCAGACACCUCCACACGAGCACAUCUGCCUGAGCGAUGAGCUGCCCCCCCAGAGCAACCCCGCCCCCACCAAGGACCGAGGCACCUCCACCGACAGCCCGUGUCGCCACAGCACCGCCACCCAGAUGGCGCCUCCCACUGGGCCCCCCGCUGCUCCACCCGGUGGCCGUGGCCAUGCUCACCGAGACCGCAUCCACUACCAGGCUGACGUGCGGCUCGAGGCCACCGAGGAGAUCUACCUGACGCCCGUGCAGCGGCCCCCAGACCCCGUGGAGCCCGCCUCCACCUUCCUGCCACCCGCUGAGAGCCGGAUGUCCAUCAGCUCCGACCCAGACCCCGGCGCCUACCCCUCGGCUGCAGGCCGCCCCCACCCCUCCAUCAGCGAAGAGGACGAGGGCUUUGACUGUUUGUCGUCCCCAGAGCGGCCUGAGCCACCGGAGCCUCCGGGCGGAGGGUGGCGGGGGAGCCUCGGGGAGCCGCCACCCCGGGCCUCACUGAGCUCAGACACCAGCGCCCUGUCCUACGACUCGGUCAAGUACACGCUGGUGGUGGACGAGCACGCACAGCUGGAGCUGGUGAGCCUGCGGCCCUGCUUCGGUGACUACAGUGACGAGAGCGACUCGGCCACCGUCUAUGACAACUGCGCCUCCGCCUCCUCGCCCUACGAGUCCGCCAUCGGGGAGGAGUACGAGGAGGCCCCCCGACCUCGGCCCCCUGCCUGCCUGUCCGAGGAUUCCACGCCUGACGAGCCCGACGUCCACUUCUCCAAGAAGUUCCUCAAUGUCUUCAUGAGCGGCCGCUCCCGCUCCUCCAGUGCAGAGUCCUUUGGGCUUUUCUCCUGUGUUAUCAACGGGGAGGAGCAGGAGCAGACCCACCGGGCCAUAUUCAGGUUUGUGCCUCGGCACGAAGACGAGCUGGAGCUGGAGGUGGAUGACCCUCUGUUGGUGGAGCUGCAGGCGGAAGACUACUGGUACGAGGCCUACAACAUGCGCACCGGGGCCCGGGGCAUCUUCCCCGCCUACUAUGCCAUCGAGGUCACCAAGGAGCCCGAGCACGUGGCAGUCCUCAGCAAGAACAGCGACUGGGUGGACCAGUUCCGGGUGAAGUUCCUGGGCUCAGUCCAGGUCCCCUAUCACAAGGGCAACGACGUCCUGUGUGCCGCUAUGCAAAAGAUCGCCACCACCCGCCGGCUCACCGUGCACUUUAACCCACCCUCCAGCUGCGUCCUGGAGAUCAGCGUGCGGGGCGUGAAGAUAGGUGUCAAGGCUGACGACUCCCAGGAGGCCAAGGGUAAUAAAUGUAGCCACUUUUUCCUGUUGAAGAACAUCUCUUUCUGUGGAUACCAUCCAAAGAACAACAAAUACUUUGGGUUCAUCACCAAGCACCCUGCCGACCACCGUUUUGCCUGCCACGUCUUUGUGUCUGAAGAAUCCACCAAAGUCCUGGCGGAGUCCGUGGGGAAAGCAUUCCAGCAGUUCUACAAACAGUUUGUGGAGUACACCUGCCCCACAGAGGACAUCUACCUGGAGUAGCUGCCACUGCUCUCGCCAUCCCCGGGGCCAGGACUGACGGGACGAGGCACAGCUGGGAAAGGGGCGCCUGCGGCCUCCCAGGACUGGGAGGUGGGGGCCGCAGGGGAGGGGGUGGGUGGGUUCUGGGGAAAGGCACAUGCAGUUUAUUGUAACAUACGGAUUAGAUUCAUCUAUGAGGACAGAGCAGGCUGCCCCGGGUUGGGAGAGGUCAGGGCUGAGGAGGUGGCAGGCCUGUGACCAGGAAGGAUGGUCUGUGCCUCUGACAGACCUUGGAGCAGGGGGCCUGGCCCACUCUAGGUCUCACUCCCCCAUCAGGCCUUGGCAGUCUGGCUGGUUGAUUCCUGCCUUGAUGAAGUCCACGCCACCCAUGGGUGCCCACCCCAACUCCCAACCCCAGGGCUCCGAGCUCAGGCUCAGCCCAGCCACUUCCUGAGGACUGUGUGGUAGGAGCAGCAACAGAUGGAGGGACAGGCCCUGUCCCCAGCCCUGCCACUUGUGUGGCCUCUGGGCAGCUCCCACCACUAGCCUUGCUGGCAUGCUGGCCCCCUGGCAGGUGUGGGACCUCUCUGGGAGGCAGAGAGCCCAGCAGAUGCUGCACCGGCAGGAAAAGGCAGCUUCCAGACUGGCCUGGGCUGCCUGGGGCCUCCCAGCUGCUUUGGCCGUCGCCCAUCCCAGUCCUGUCACCCUGGCCACAACUAUUAAAGUGCCAUUUCCUGUCUGGA